GAGAAAUCUUGACCUAGCGUAACAUAAUCAUGAUAUGAUAGCUCAAUGCUUGUGAUUGCUGUCAAAAGUCGGCGUUUUAAGCCACUUUAAGGUGCAUGGAAUUGAAAUAAAAAAAUGGUACAGAAUAUCGGAUCAUGGAAUUUUCUUUAUCAGACAGUAUUGAAUACGAAGAAAUGGUGGAUAAAAAUUCAUCGUCUAAGUCCCAAGAUUUCCAAGUUUGUAGGCUGUGUGGUGUUUAUACCACUAAUUUAGUUGAAAUUUUGAAUAAGAAAGACACGGUUGCACAAAAAAUAAAUUGCAUUUUGCCAAUAAAUAUAUUCAAAGAAGAUAAUGUACCAGUUGUUGUUUGUAAAAACUGUUGCACAAAAGUCAACGCUCUUAGUGAUUUUACGGCUCAGUGUUUACAGAAUGAGCAAAAACUGUUAAACAUAGCAACCUCGAUAUCUUCCACAGAAAAUGAAUCCGUCGAAAUUAAGAAAGAUACUUCAAAGUUACCGUUUAAACAAACAUGUCCUCAUUGUUAUGCGAAUAUACUUAUUCCACAGAAUAAUCAAACACUCAAUUUUCAAAAUGAACUUCAGCUUUCAUUGUGCGACGAUAAUGCCUCAAAUUUAGAAUUGGAAAAUAUUCUAAACGAAGCUAUUUCUUUAAAUCUCGAAUCAGAGAGUAUCUUAAACGAUAUUACAACUUUGAAUUUAGAAGCUGAUACGAUUUUGAAUGAUUUUGCCAAUUCAAAUCCGGAAUGUGAUGCUAUUUUUAACGAAGCAAGCCCUUCGAAUGUAGAAAGGCCAAAUCCAAAUUCUGAAAAUUCAGAAUCAGGUUAUGAAAUAUCAAAACGAAUUUCUGAAGAAUCAGAUGAAAUUUCUAAGGUAUCAAAUCCAAUUUUAGAUAAAGAACUGGAAAUUCAAUGCGAGAGAAUUAAAAGUCUAAAUAGUGUGAACUCGAUUGAUCUGGAGGUCAUUGAUGAUAUUAACAAUGCAGGAAAAUUCGAGAAUAACUCACCUAAGAGAAAAAAGAGUUGCAUAAAAACUAAGAAGAAAAGAAAUUCCAAGUUCGAUUUCCCCCAAUCCAAAAAACAACGAAAAGAGAGUUUUGACUCUUUUCAGAAUGAGAAAAAAGACUUUGCAUGCAUUUUAUGUAAUUUAGUAUUUCUUUCACGAGAUAGACAUCUUUUUCAUUUAAAACAACAUGAAAACGGCAAUUUAGGUAAAUUUACAUGCCAGAAAUGCAAGACUGAUUUGAGCACUGAGGAUGAAUUAUGGAAACAUUGCCAAAAUGAUUGUCUUCCAGAUAAAGUUGCAAGUUUAGAGGAAGCUUCUGAUUUUAAUGCAGAAGAUAAAAUAAUUUGUAAGGUUUGCAAAGAAUUGUUUAUUCUGAAUGAGAGAUAUGAGUUUCAUAUGGAGCUACAUAAAAAUGGAGAUUUUGAAGUUUUUAAAUGUUCCAAAUGCAAUAAAGUUUUUCAAACGGAAACCGUCCUAUGGGAUCAUUAUCAGACUGAACAUAAACGUUUUGCAUGUGUUGGAUGUGAUAGAAUAUUUAGAAGGAAAGCUAGUUUGGAUUAUCAUUUGAAGACCUCCGGUCACCCGAAUGGGGAGAGUUUAGAAGAGGAGAAAAUCAAAAAAACUGAUUCACCUAAAUCAAAACUAUUGAUAACUUGUGCCAAAUGCGGAGCUCGAUAUCGUCGCCAGGAAAGAUACGAGUUUCACGUCAAGAGACACGAAUUAGGACAAAUCAACCUUUUUAUUUGUACAGAAUGUGAGAAGGAAUUCACGAAUGAAAACAUGUUAUGGGAUCACUACCAGUAUACGCACAGGAAAACUGAAUGUUUCACUUGUUUAACUUGCGGCAAAGUUUUCCAAAAACAGUUUCUUUUAAAUAAACAUCAAAUCAAGUCUAAACACAAGGGUAGAAAAGAGAUAGAUGUUGAAUCAAAAAGCAAGAAUCAAAGUUCUCCAGUGGGCCAAAAUGGAGUAAAAUCACAAACUAAAGAUACCGCCCAACCAAAGUUUUUGGACUGCAUUCUUUGUGGGGAACCAGUUAUAAAUUCUGAUCCCGAUUCUUUGAAUAACGCAGUAACUUGUGCCAAAUGUAAGUCUCCGGGACUCUCUUUACAAGUCGAUUCUGAUGGUGCCAAGGUCCUUUCACGUCGAGAAUAUGAUUGCAAUUUAUGCUAUAAACAUUUUUCGACUAAAGAUAGAUUAGAGUAUCAUAUAAUGCGCCAUUCCGAGAAUAUGGACGAAUUUAUUUGCAGCACUUGUGGCAAAACACUCAGUACCGAACAGGCACUUUUCGAGCAUCAUCUUUUCGUUCAUAAAGGAGCCAGACCUCAUGUCUGUGAACUAUGUGGAAAAUCUUACCAGUUUCGAACAAGACUGAAGGAACACAUGAGAACUCACAGCGGCGAAAGACCUUUCGCCUGCGAGGUUUGUAGCCAGGAUUUCAUGACAAACAACGCUUUGCGCUCUCAUUUGAAAACCCACCUCGACGUUAAGAAAUUUCCUUGCCAACUCUGCUCAAAACUCUUUCGACGUCAGCAGGACCUAAAUGAACACUUGGAGCGUCACUGGAAAAACGACAAAAUUGUAAACUUAUCCAGAUGCUUCCACUGUAAAAAUUGUUCCGAAUUUUUCCCCACUAUACGCGUUCUAAAAACCCAUUUAAAAGAGCAUCAUGGAGUCGAGAACGGAGACCUAACUGACCUCCAACCUUGGUUCCAAUGCGAAGACUGUCCAGAGAAAUUCAAGCAUCAAAUGUCCUUGAAAUCUCAUAGAGAAAAAAUCCACAAGGGAAAAACUAAACCGAUUUAUCGCUGCGAUAAGUGUGAUGUAGUCUAUAAGACAGCCAGACUCUUGGCAAGUCACAUGAAUAAUAAUCAUGGAGGAGAAAAGCGAUACAAGUGUGCCCAAUGUGGAAAAGAAUAUAAUCAGUCAAAGUCCUUACAAAGUCAUAUUUUGAUUCACACCGGAGAAAAGCCAUUUAAUUGUGACAUUUGUAAGAUGACUUUCAGAACUAAGGAGUCUCGGAAUCAUCACCAGAGGAAACACACUGGGGACAAACCUUACAAGUGUCCAGGAUGCGAUAAAACUUUUGCCACUGCUGGACAGCGAAGAGAACAUAGAAGGAAAACUCAUGAAGAUGGAAACGAACUGCCUUGUCCUGAGUGUGGUAAGAUUUGCUUUGGGGAACGCGGAGUUCGUAGUCAUUUGACUAUUCACUCGAUUGAGAAGCGAAAGAUGCUAGCUUUGAGCGAAUUCGUGAAGCUCAAGUCGAAAUAAUGAUUCGGAAUUUCGGUUCGUUUCGUAUUUGGCAAAUCUUGCUUACGUGGCAUUUUCGAAUAUUGAGCUUUUCUUGUCAAACUUUUUUUUUGAGCUUCUUAUAAGUUAUGAAAGAAUCAAGUGAUACAUGACAGUUCGUAAACUAUCUGAUGAAAAUGAAGAAAGUUUAGCGAUUUGAAGAUCUUUCAAUUGGGAUUUUUUUUAAAUUACAGGGUGGCCUUAGAACCGGUAGCCCCGGGAAAUUGUAGUGAAUUAAUCGUUUUACUUUUUCUAGAUUUUAUUAGAAUUCCCUAUCUAAUCACUUUCAGAUUCAUUUGGAAUUCUUCAGAAUUGCUAAAAUCAGGUCCCUAAACCACACGAUUUUUAAGAUUUGACCCCUACGAUACCAUAUUGGCAGCCCAUAAUGGAGCUUUAAAAAAAUUUAUAAAAAGAUCAAAGCUUCCAAGAGUCAGGAAAAAAAAGUAGCAAAUCAGAGAAUUUCUGUAAGAAGUAACUGCAACAAAAUAAUCAGGGCUGCCUGAUAAUCAGAGCUUCCUGAAUUCUUCCGAAUUAUUUUGAAAUUUUUUAGGAUAUUUUUUAAGAUUCCGAGAAAUUUUUAAUAGAUAUUAACCAUUUGAAGGGACUUUAAAUAUUUUAG